AUGACGAUGUUCCACUUCCCGACGGGGUGGAUCGACCGCCUGCCGUCGUUUGCGGCGUCGCACAACGCAACCCUCCUCAACCGGAUAACGCCCCAGACCUUCAACCCGCCAUGGUACUACAUUGCGCGGGAGCGUAUCCACCCCGCCAUCAGCGACACGGCGCUCUCGCUCGCAGCCCCGAUCAUCGUGUACUGGAUCGUGUCGAGCGUGUUCCACUUCCUCGACGUUAUGGAGUUCCCGUACUUUGAGAAGCGCCGAAUCCACGAGUCUGCCGAGACCAAGUCGCGCAACCGCGCCACGCUGUCGCAGGUCCUCUGGGCUGUCAUCUUCCAGCAGAUCGUGCAGACCAUUACGGGCUUCAUCGUGCUCGAGAGCGAGAAGGACGUUCUCCGCACCGAGUACUACAAGGACCACAUGGCUUCUCUGCGCUGGCUCGCUCCGCGUGUUGCCGACGUCACGUUCGCCCUUCUUGGACAGUCGGCGGGACGACGCGUGCUCGAGGCCGCCGGACCGCGGAUCACGGAGUGGUUCUACUGGUGGGGCAUCCCGGCUCUCCAGCUCUUCCUCGGCUGCUGCGUAAUCGACACCUGGCAGUACUGGCUGCACCGGAUCAUGCACACGUACCCGGUUCUCUACCGCCACUUCCACAGCCACCACCACCGUCUCUACGUCCCCUUCGCCUUUGGCGCGCUGUACAACCACCCCGUCGAGGGUCUUCUGCUCGACACGCUUGGAGCCGGCAUCGCGCAGUUCGCGACCUUCAUGACGAUCCGCCAGGCGACGCUGCUCUUCACGAUCAGCAGCUGGAAGACCGUAGACGACCACUGCGGGUACCGGCUGUGGUGGGACCCGUGCCAGAUGUUCUUCGCGAACAAUGCGGACUACCACGACAUCCACCACCAGACGUACGGCAUCAAGGCCAACUUUGCCCAGCCCUUCUUCACCAACUGGGACUACUUCCUCGGCACGCAAAUGACGCGCGAGCAGGCCGAGAAGCGCCACCUCCCCAAGGGCACCAUUGCUAAUGGCGCGCCGAGCACCAAGGUCGCCACGGCCAACGGAGAGUCGAAGAAGGACCUGUAA